AUGCUCCCUACUCAGCAACUUUUAGAAAAAGUUAGUUGGGAGGUUAGGUCUAUUCCUAAUAAGCGUAAAGAAAGCAAGCGGAGAGUUCAUUACGGCUUAUUCUUAUUAGGUUAUAAAAGCGGGUUAAGGGUAAAUGAGGCAGUAAAGUUUGAUUUAAAUGCUAGAACUAGUAAGGGUUUAUAUCGGAUAAGUAAGCCAAAGGGCAAAAAAGAAAGAUUGGUUUAUGUUCCCAAGGAAAAAGUUAAAAAGGAGUUAGGAAUUGAUAAAGACACCGAACUAACUCCGCACACCUUACGGCGUUCUUUUGCUACUUAUCAGGCGGAGGCAGGUUUACCUUUACCCCUUUUACAGAAACUUUUGGGACAUUCAA